AUGUCGACGGAAGCUCCUACUCCAGCUACCGAUACCCCUCCAGCCUCCGAGACAAAAGCGCCCAAGGACAAGAAUUGUCCCUUCUGUGGACAAGCUUUCACAUCGAGUAGUCUCGGCAGGCAUCUCGACUUAUACAUACGAGCGAAAAAUCCGAAGGCGGCAGAUGGAGUCCAUCUCGUCGACGAGAUCAAGAAGCUUAGGGGCGGCAUCACACGCAGGCAAAAAGUCAAGAAAGAGCUGGACACGCCGGCGAAGAAGCACUCGGUGGUCAACAAUGCAUCGCCCACUGUGCAGAGCAUCGAUGGGGAGGAUGACUCGCCAGAGCUGACCUCUGCGAAGCAAGGCCAUUUCAAGGAUAUGAGCUGGGCGGUUGCAGACGGACAUACCCCACGCAUGCUGGGCACCAAAACGCCCGAGAUGAGGAGGGAUGUAUCGAGGCAGAUGCAGAAGGCGGACCUGGAUCAGCGGCAGAAGUUGUCCGAGGAGGCAGAGACGGCGAAAGCCACGGAGCUGGCACUACGGGAGCUGCUACGAAGUGUCAAGGAGGCCAACGCAAAAGCAACGGGCCCCGCGCUCUUCGACUUCGACCCUUACACGCUCAACUUCCCCAGCCUGUGCCUCCAGAUUCUCCCACCUCCGUCGACUCUCUUCUCCCCGACGCCCUUUGCCACAAGUGAGUCGUGGUCCAUAAGCCCUCCUGGUCAGAAGCAGCUCGAGGCGCUGAACCGGCAAGUCGGCGAUCGGUUGCUGGCACUCCAGCGGCAGCGACAGAUCAACCAAGCGUAUCCGUCUGGUUCGCAGUCCAGUCCGUCUUCAGGUAGAAAUUCGCCCCUCCCAACUCCUCCGCUCUUCGAUCCCGACCCGCAAAAGCUCUUCUGCCAUAUCGCUGAAGCAUACAAUCACUGGUCGUGCCAGCCUGAGAAGGUGCGUCAGGAGUACUGGCAGGUGGAGAUACUCCGCUCGUAUGCACGGUCCACUGACUUGCGACGGGAUGCUGAGAUGAAUCUGGAGAACGCUCGGCGGGAAAUUGAGUACCUGAAGUCUAGCCGUUGGGCGGCUGGCGCUCCGGAACGAUCGCCCAUUACCUUCUCACUGAGCGCUGACACUGUCAAAGAGCUUGGUAAACAUGGUAUGGACUUACGUAACUGGGACUAUGACCGCCUUAUCGAGAAGUGGAAGACGGUAGUUCGGGACAACAGGAAUGUCGUCGGCGGUAUGACAGCACAAAAACCGCUGCCUGAUUCAUCCCUUACAAGGAGCUGCUCGAUGGCAAGCGUACCGACCCAGCCAUUUGUCCCGAUGAAUUCAGUGAAGACCGAACAGACCGCUUACUCAGCGCCGGCGACCAUCAACGGCACAGAUGAAAACGGCGACCAAGUCGACGCCGAAGGCGAAGAUGACGAUGCAGACGUCGAUCUCGAGGUCGUCCCUGCCUCCAACAACAAUCCUGCUCCAUUGACCACCCAACUCAGCAACAUCCCACGACUGCUCCCUCUUCAACCAACACCUGUACAUCCUACAAAUUUCCAGAUGCAUGACCAUAUUCAGUCACCAGUCCACGCUGCCCAUGCCCAUGCACAAGCUCAGGCUCAAGCCCAAGCCCAAGCUCAACAUCAGGCACACGCACAAGCACAGGCUUGGGCCGCUGCAAGACAGCACAUGAACCAAAGCCGUAAUCAGUCCCAUGGCCUUCCGCAUCAGCAGUUGAGUCCUCAUCCGAAUCACAUGGGCUCCGCGGCGAAUAGCCGCAGGGCGAGCGCAGUGAUGAUGGAUCAUCCGAUGAGCGCAGGGGGAAUGUUGCCAAUGGAUGGCAUCGAGGGUAGUGGUAAUGGAUUUUUAAGGAUGGACAUGGGCCUCGGUGUCACUGCAGGCUAUGUCGGGUCGAACGAUAACGGAGUAUAA